AUGCCCGGACUAUCCCCAAUCGUCGAGAGAGCACAGGCCCUAGCAAUAGCCAAAACUAGGGCUCAGGCUGGGUGCGCAUCUGUCACCACAAGAAACAAGGCAGGAUCUCCGGUGAAGUGGAAAGCUCCCGGCCCCCUCGCGACAGCCUCCAGGGCAGACCGCUAUGUCCCUCCACACUCCAGAGAAGGCUACGUCCCAUCGCUUUCCACAUCCGAACGUUUCUCACAGUCGAACUCUAGGUCGGCCUAUGUGCCUCCGCGCUCCAGACAGCCAAAUGCCUCGUCGGGCCGGCACCCGAUCAAGACGAACUUCGACUUUGGCUCUUGGGCUGGUACAGAUGUGGCCUCCAAGCCGAAAGAGGCCUCCGCCCCAGAGGAGCGCUGCAAGAUGUCGUACAAUAGCUACGUGGAUGCUGUAAAUCGGCUGAAGGCCAGGCUGCCCGAGAACUAUAAGGAGGGGUCGAUCGAACACCCCAAGGUCCACUGGCUGCACAAGUCCGAGACAGCCGAUGAGGCCCGCCGAGCAGACAUCGAGAGCAUCUGCUACGACGUGUGCAUCAAGACGGGCGUGAGCAAUCUGUGGAUCCGCUGCACCGACCACAACGAAACCCGCGCGAUCACGCGGACCAGAACAGGGAUCGAGAAGCGCAUGGUCCCCGACGACCCGCACAUCACCGCACACAUGGGCAACUCGCUGCACUACGAAUACGACGCCCACAUCUACGUUGCGUACGAGGCCAACGGGUCGCGGCGGCUUGCGCGCCCCGAAGAGCGCACGACCCUUAACCCUGACGGAUCGAAAGAGGCGAUUAGCAUCCUUGACCGCAGGGAGCUCCGUGCGCUUGCUUAUCGGUGGGGGACGCUGGUUGAUCCGGCGGGGGGGAGCGGCUCUGGGUCUUGGAGAACGCAGACGGACGCGGUUGUUGUUGCGGAUGCUGCGGCGGGGAUUGGGUUUGAGGAUGUUGCUGCUGAUGCUGGGAAGGGGGCUGGGGUUGGUGAUGUUGCUGCUGAUGCUGGAAAGGGGGCUGAGGUUGGGGCUGUUGCUGCUGAUGCUGAAAAGGGGGUGAAGCUUGGUGCUCCAGCUGUUGGUGCUGCUGUCUCUAGCAACGUGUCUGGGAUUUCCGUUCGUUGA